ACAAUAAUAAUAUAGUUAGUAGGCACCUACAUAAUAUUAUUAUUAUUUUGUAUUUUGAUUUUAUAGACUUAAUAGUGUUUGAACUACUGUGAAUUUUUGAUUAAUCGACGCGCCGUUCGAUCGGUUCGGAUGUGUCGUCGUCCAUCAGACGUUUUAAAUGUUUUAAUACUGCUUGCAGCUACCUAACUUGCCAAAUCGUGUACAUAAUAUAAUUACUUGCAAAAUUCCUAUUUUGUGUGUUCAACUACUCUUCCCAUUUGUUUUGUUUUAUUAUUUUUAUUAUUUUUUUAAAAUUAAUCACCUAUACAGUUUUACGUACUGUUCUAAUGUUACCAAAAUUUAUCGGUGACGUUUCGAAAUGGACGAAAUAUCGUUGCUGAAGAAACGCACUUCGGCCGAGGCGCUGCACAACAUGACUCGCAAUGAGGACCCCAAUCCGCCGACGUCCAAGCUAAAACGAUCUUUUUCACUUAAGCGUGACCUGAUACGCAAUAAACAUGUAAAGCCUGGUGAUGUAGAUGAUGCUAGAUUAAAGUUAUCGAUGCUGAGGAAACCGUCAUCAUGGAACAAGGUGCUUGGAAAAAUGUUGCAAAAAAUGUCAUACCUCGGCUUACAGCAGGACAAGAGCAAUCUAUGUUCUAAGUAUGAUGCUUAUGUUUCACGCUCAUCAACAGACAUCUAUAACGAUAACACCUAUCAAACUCCAAAAAUUUUAAGCGGUGACAAAGUUCCGGGUGUGGUUGGUCUGCGUAACCAAGGAAAUACAUGUUUUAUAAAUGCUGUAUUACAAUGCUUAAGUCAUACAGAUGUUCUAGCUAGAUAUUUUGUUAUGGAUCAAUACAAAAUGGACCUCACUAGAAGAAAUAAGUUGAAUUCAAAAAAAUAUGGUACACGCGGAGAGAUGACUGAACAACUGGCACUAUUAUUGAAAUCUAUAUGGCUUUGCAAAUAUGACCCAGACAUGUCAAAUCAAUUUAAAACGAUUGUAGACAAAUAUGGUACUCAAUAUAGAGGAAAUAAUCAGCAUGACGCACAAGAAUUCUUAUUAUGGCUUUUGGAUAAGGUUCAUGAAGAUUUAAACAUAGCUACAAAAAAAAAAUAUAAAACGAUUAGAAACACAUUUGGAAGGCCUGAUGAACAAGUAGCAGCUGAGACACUUGCUAAUCAUAUACGUUGCAAUGAGUCCUUUAUACAUGAUGUAUUUCAAGCACAAUUUAAAUCCUCACUUACAUGUCCGCGCUGUAUGCGCCAAUCCAAUACAUUUGAUCCAUUUUUAUGUAUAUCAAUACCAGUACCACAAUGUUUUUCAAUGCCUGUUUUUAUUACUGUUAUUUAUACCUCCCAACAACCAAGAGAUGUUAAACUUGGAUUAUCCCUUCCAGUUGAUAGUAGUAUAGCUGAGUUUCGAGAGUUAUUAUGGUCUUAUACUGGUAUAUACCAAGAGCAUAUGUUAAUUACUGAAAUAACUGAUAUCGGUUUUAAUCGAACAUUUUGUGAUUCUAUGCCAGCAUCUAUGAUAAAAGAAUCAGAUCCCUUAUAUUGUUUAGAACUUCCAAAGUUGAACGAUUGCAGUAAUGAGAGUGGACCUUACUUACUUCUAUGUUGGGUUAAUACUCUUGUUGUUGAAGAUCAAUGCUCAAGGUUUGGAAGUGCAUAUACCAUGCAAAUUUGUCGUGAAACAUCCUAUAAGGACCUUCAAAAACUUUUACUUAAGGAAAUGGCAGUGAUGUUACAUGAUGAUAUAUUAACAACUGAUCAAGAUAUACCAUUAUUUGGCAUACGAUUGGCUGAUGCUAGUGAUAUACCUCAAUAUUUAGAUCCAACAGUUGAAUUACCGCUUUUUACCGAUCCAAUUGAUCAAGCAUUAGCUAUGUCUGGAGAUCAACCUCAUGUAAAAUUAAUUCUUGAAUGGAAUUUCCAUGCUAAGGAAGCAACAAUUGCUGAUCAUUGUGAUCAAGUUGAAGAACAUGCCAGUGUAAAGCAGCUAAAAUUAAAUUCUGAAAAGGGAACAUCUAUCACGCUUGAACAAUGUUUUGAUUUAUACACAAAAGAAGAAGUAUUAGGUCCAGAAAAUGCUUGGCAUUGUCCACAAUGUAAUCUUAAACAAGAAGUUGUGAAAAAACUUGGAUUAUGGACUUUACCUGAUAUUUUAGUGGUUCAUCUAAAACGGUUUAGACAAUCUCUUUCACUACCGUCAUCGCGACAGCACAAUAACAGACAACCAACAAAACUUUCAGUACUUGUAGAUUUUCCUUUAUUUAGUUUUGAUAUGACCCCACAUUUAGCUAUAGGUCGGGAUGUUAGGGUACCAUUGAAGCCUCUAGCUUCUCGUCGACUAUCUUCUAUACAAGAUCGUAACCUAUAUGAUCUUUAUGCUGUAUGCAAUCAUCAUGGAUCAGAUCCUCAUAGUGGACAUUAUACUGCAUUUUGCAAAAAUCCUUAUGAUAAACAAUGGUACAGUUUUGAUGAUACUAAAGUUACACCAAUACCUGAUACUUCUCUGGUCACGACAUCAGCAUACAUGUUGUUUUACCAACGACGAGAUAUGAUUCUCAAUAAUUCUGACCAUUGGGCCACAAGGUUACAUGCACACAUAUCAAAUAGCCAUUCGGUUGGACAAAUAGUUGAUAAUAUAGAGCAUAAUAAUGAUGAUAUUGCAGAGUUAAGUGAUUCACCAUCCAGUCAUACUAUUUCCAGGUCAUCGACGGUUGAAAAUGAUAUGGUAUUUUCGAGAUCGAGUUCACCUAUGGUAAAUGGGAUAAGGCCAACUGAUCUUCAUCUAGAUGAUUCUGAAAAAAAUUUCAAGAAACUUUUACAUAAUGCUAAAGAGUCAUGUAUUUAAAAUGUUUAGUGAUAUUAUCAUUGUUUUAAGGUUGUUAUUUUGAAGAAUUUCAAAUUGCUUACCAUUGAAGAAUUAUUAAUUGUUUUUAUAAUAUUUAAGUUAGGUAUACAUAAAUGAUUACAAUAAAAUUUUGGCAAAAGGUAAUUAAUUUGCUCAUAAGAAGGAACAUUCCUUAUUCAUUUAUACAGUUUCCAUAUACUUUUAUGGAGAAACAAAAUUUGUACUUACUAGUUUUCUGAUUUUUAUACUUUACACUAAAAAGAUUAAAAAUCGUAAAUAUGAAAAUGAUAUAGAAACUUUUUCAAUAUAUGCUCAACAAUAUGUCCCUCAAAAAAUGUUGAUAAUAAAAUAUUUAAGAAAAUAAA